UCGCUGAACAAAGCAGAUAUGUGUAAUCUCAAAGGUCACUUCUUGUCAUUAAUCUAAUAAAAAUAAAGAAAAGUUCUUUACUAAAUCCAAGAAUCCAUGCCUGAUCGCUUCUUUAGUCAAUCCCAUAACCACUGUUUAAAGAUUUAAAGAUUCUGUAAACCGAAGUUUCUGAACUGCAAUGAGUGUGUUUUAAGCCAUUGGACCCACAUGAAGCAGUGUGCAAGGGAAUUGCUUUCUGGGUUAUCUUUACAACCACACCCUCUUCACUCCAUUGGGAAUUUCAAGUCUUAUUUUAUUUUCUCGGCAUUUGUAUAUAUCAUGGCUUUGGAGACAUUAUCCCAUUUGUGUGUAUAAAUUAUUACAAGAGUAGGAGCUUGUUUGUUCUCUUUCUUUUAUGGGGUAUUGAAUAUUUUUCGUCUCUUCCCAUGUGUCUCUCAUAGGUUCUUUUUGGAAUCUUUUUGGUAGGUUUUGGCCAGCGAAAAUGGUAAUAUUUUGUUUUCUCAGAAAUCAAAUUUGAAGGGGUUGACUUGAAAUUCUUGUAUCUGGUUUUUGUGGUUCUGGGAAGAGGAUUUGGGUCAUUUUCUGAAGGGGUAUGGUUUAUUGGAGUGGUUUUUUUGAAGUGGGUAAUGAAGUUACUGUGAUUUGCUGAGUCUCUAUAUGGAAUUUGGAUUGUUUUUGGCAGAAUCAUUAUGCAGGGAGCUGCAUUUUGAUAUUAUUUCAAGGUCUUCGGAGUCUUGGCUUGAGGAAUUCAAGAGUGGUUUCUUGAUAAUUUGAUUUUUCUUUUUAUUUGAGAGUGGUGAUUAAUUGGACAUCACCACUGGGAUUCUAUGCAUUUUCGCUUAUAAGAGGGCCCUGGAUUUGUGGGCGUUACUGGUGUAUUGCUCUUAAAAGGAGUUUAUUUGGUUUGGAAUUGCUGGUUUUGUUGUAAUUUGUUCAAGCUUCGCAUUAGCUUUCCUGCGCAGGUAGCUCGGUUCUCUAAGAUUUCGUUGUUUGCUUCUGAGAAAAUGGCUUGCAUGAAACUGGGAUCUAAAAGUGAUGCAUUCCAAAGGCACGGGCAGGCCUGGUUCUGCACAACUGGGCUUCCAAGUGAUAUUGUUGUGGAAGUUGGUGAUAUGUCCUUCCAUCUUCACAAGUUCCCUUUGCUAUCUAGAAGUGGGGUUAUGGAAAGGUUGAUUGCAGAAGCAUCAAAAGAAGGGGAAGAGAACUGUGUUAUAAAUCUCCAUGAUAGUCCUGGUGGGGCCAAAACAUUUGAACUUGUAGCCAAGUUUUGUUAUGGUGUGAAACUUGAACUUACCUCCUCAAAUGUGGUGUACCUCCAUUGUGCUGCUGAACAUCUUGAAAUGACCGAGGAUUAUGGGGAGGGCAAUCUUAUUAUGCAGACCGAGACCUUUUUUAACCAAGUAGUCCUUCAAAAUUGGAAAGACUCUUUAAAGGCACUUCAAACAUGUGAUGAUAGUCUUCCCUAUGCUGAAGAACUUCACAUUACAAAGAGAUGCAUUGAGUCACUAGCCACAAAAGCAUAUACUGACCCAAAUCUUUUAGGAUGGCCUACAAUGGAAUAUGGGCCCAUGCAGAGUCCUGGGGGAAGUGUCUUGUGGAAUGGGAUAAGUACAGGGGCUAGACCCAAAAAUUCAAGUUCCAAUUGGUGGUAUGAGGACGUGUCGACUUUAAGUUUUCCUCUCUAUAAGAGGUUGAUUUCCAUUAUGGAAUCUCGUGGGAUCAGAGAAGAGAUUAUUGCUGGAUCCCUUGUUUUCUAUGCAAAAAAGUACCUGCCUGGGUUGAAUAGGCGUCAAGGUGCCAGUGAGUCUAGUUCCCGUUUACUUGCUGUGGCUUUGGCUCCACCAUCAGAAGAAGACCAGAAGACUUUUCUAGAAGAUAUUGAUAGAUUGCUUCCAAUGCAGAAAGGUCUAGUCCCAACCAAGUUCUUGUUUGGUCUUCUUCGGACAGCCUUGAUUCUAAAAGCAAGCCCCUCUUGUUUAUCAAACUUAGAAAAAAGGAUUGGCAUGCAGCUUGAUCAAGCAACAUUGGAAGAUCUUUUGAUGCCCAGUUUUUCUUAUUCCAUGGAGACACUUUACAAUGUUGACUGUGUGCAAAGGAUCCUUGACCACUUCCUUGCCAUGGAUCAAAUUUCAGGUGGCGCUUCAGGUGGCGCUUCAGGUGGCGCAUCGCCAUCCGCAUGUUCAGUUGACGAUGGUCAGUUGAUUGGAUCGCCAUCAUUAACUCCAAUCACAAUGGUGGCUAAACUGAUUGAUGGAUACCUGGCAGAGGUUGCCCCUGAUGUGAAUUUGAAGCUCUCCAAGUUUCAGGCUCUUGCUGCUGCUGUUCCUGAUUAUGCCAGGCCCCUGGAUGAUGGUCUUUAUCGUGCAAUAGACAUUUACUUGAAGUCGCAUCAGUGGUUGGCGGAGUCUGACAGAGAACAGCUCUGUAGGCUGAUGGACUGCCAGAAACUCUCCUUGGAAGCUUGCUCUCAUGCUGCGCAGAAUGAAAGGCUACCAUUAAGAAUAAUAGUUCAAGUUUUAUUCUUUGAGCAGCUUCAGUUAAGGACAUCCAUUGCCGGCUGCUUUCUGGUUUCGGACAACCUUGAUGGUUCAAGACAACUGAGAAGUGGCAUUGUUGGCUCUACUGAGGGAGGAUGGGCAACAGCAGUUAGAGAGAAUCAGGUUUUGAAGGUGGGGAUGGAUAAUAUGAGGAUGAGAGUUUCUGAGCUUGAGAAGGAGUGUUCUAAUAUGAGGCAGGAGAUUGAGAAGAUGGGACGAACAAAAGCUUCAAGCACUUGGGGAAAUGUAUCUAAGAAAUUUGGAUUUAAGCUGAAGUCUCAGAUGUGCAGUGCUCAAGAGGGCGCUGUUAGCAACCAGAAGAAUAAUUUCAAUGCUAAGGCAAAAGACAGGCUUGGAAAGCUCAAGAAAUACUAAACUUCUAAUGGAUAAGGCCCCUUUUUUUUUUUAAAGGCUCAAAUUCUACUAUUAUUAUUAGUUGUACUUCUGAAUUCAGACAAAGAAACUAUUGGUUAAAGUGUUAAUUUUGUUUUGAAAUUUAUUAUAUUAUAACAUCUUAAUUCUGA